AAAUCCUUCCCCUCUCCCCCCAUCCGUCCUGCGUAUAAAAUGCCACACCCUGAGGAUGUGAUGAUCAGGACCAUACUUCCAGCACCCACAUCUCUUUGAACGCUGCACCAUGGGCUCUUCGGUAGCUGUGCUGUGGCUGCUGGCUGCCGUAAUGGGGGAAGCUCUGUCCCUGGACUGCAUUGAAUGCAACAGUACAACUUCAAAUAACUGCAUGGGAUCCAAGAAAACCUGCCAACAAGACCAGGACCAAUGCAUCGCCACCUACACAGAGAGCAACAUACAAAAUGAAAAAUUUAAGUUAUUUUCCAAGGAGUGUGGUUACCUUAAAGACUGUGAUAAGACGUCCCGUAUGACUUUCAAUCAGACCUUUUAUUUUAAGUCCAGCAAGUGCUGCAAUACAAAUGAAUGCAAACAAGACCCCAUAACUUUUCCAGACAAGAGAGAAAAACUAUCACUGACCUGUUCCUACUGUAAUGAAAAAGCUGACAAAUGCAAGAGCAGUGAGCAGCUGCAGUGUAUGGGAGACGAGACCAAAUGUCUAACCUACGUCUACACCAAGAUGGAAAAUAACAAGAAUGUCACCCACUCGAUGGCUGGUUGUGCAAAUGAGAAUAUGUGUGCGUCAAAGAAGGCAGUCUCUCACCACGGAGAUCAAGGAGCUAUAACCAUGAAGUUUGAAUGCAACCGUGCCUCCUCGAUUCUUUCCAAUCUUCUCCUCCCAGCAGUGUCUGGCCUCCUGUUCCUCAAACUCUUGUCUUAAGAGCUUACCGUGGAGGCUGUGUGGAUUGAGGCAAUCCUUCCAAGGCUUGGGGAUGGGGGGAUUUUGGAGAGCAUUGCAAAGCAAGGUGUACCCAUAUACAGUAUACGAGCAAGGCAAUGCAUGUUUAUACUCUGAAUAUUUGCAGACCCACUUAGAUCUAUAUAACUGUGCAAACCCAUUUACAUUCUCGUUAUGUAUGUGCCGAACAAUGUAUACCUAUCUACACAAGACAAGCAGAAAAAAAAUAUAUGUAUAUCUCAUUUACAACACAGGAAAAUCAUAUCAAAUAUACAGUAUAUGUUCCAAGCAAUGCAUGGCUAAUAGUGGUACAAUGUUAACGUUAUGCUUACAACAUGUCAAGAACUGUCAAGGCUUUCAGCAAAAAAGCAGCAUUGCUAUAAGCUAUGGUAGGAAAAGGUCAAAGGUUAUACAAAAACAACCUUACCUAGAAUUAUCCUGAUCGGCAACUUGUACGUCAGCACAUUUGCCCCUUUUCUCUUAACGAUAUAAAGACCCCCCCGAGUGCGGACAUUAACCGGGUCUAAAAAAAAAAAAAAUCUGCAGCAUUAGCGCCAAAGUCUGUAUUUACUUCAUUCUCUAUCAUGGAAUCAGGCAUGGAUGAGAUUUAUUAAAAUGAGAUGAAAUCUACGUUGUGUUGGAUUUGGCAGAAAGCUUUACCUUAGUGCUUAGUUCAAUUUUGGAAAAUGAUCCUAUACUCUAUAUACAUGUAAUCUUUCCAUUGUUCCUAUGAACGUGCGUGUGAGUGAGUGUGUGCGUGGUGGGUGCGGUUUCACCCGCUGUUGGGAAGCAAAACUUUAAAUUAAUAAAUUAAA